AUGGAGCUGUGGCCGUGGCUGACCGCGGCGCUGCUGCUGCUGCUGCUGCUGGCGCAGCUGAGCCGCUCGGCCCGGUUCUACGCCAAGAUCGGCCUGUACUGCGCCUUCUGCUUCACGGCCUCGGCGAUGGCCGCGGUCGUCUGCCUGCUGCGCCACGGGGGCCGGACGGUGGAGAACAUGAGCAUCAUCAGUUCAUUUGUCCGGUCCUUCAAGUACGCAUACGGCCUCCGGUUCGAGGUCAAAGGCCGUGAGACACUGGAUGAGGACCGCCCCUGCGUCAUCAUCUCCAACCACCAGAGCAUCCUGGACAUGAUGGGCCUCAUGGAGGUCCUCCCCGACCGCUGUGUGCAGAUCGCCAAGCGGGAGCUUCUCUUCCUGGGGCCCGUGGGCCUGAUCAUGUACCUGGGGGGCGUCCUCUUCAUCAACCGGCAGCGCUCCCAGACGGCCAUGAGCGUGAUCACCGACGUGGGCGAGCGCAUGGUCAGGGAGAAGCUCAAAGUGUGGAUCUACCCGGAGGGCACGCGGAAUGACAACGGGGACCUCCUGCCUUUCAAGAAAGGUGCCUUCUACCUGGCGAUCCAGGCCCAGGUACCCAUCAUCCCCGUGGUUUACUCCAGCUUUUCCUCCUUCUACAGCUGUAAGACGAAGCUCUUCACUUCAGGAACCAUCCAGGUGGAGGUGCUGGACGCCAUCCCCACACGUGGUCUCACUGUCGCCGAUGUCCCCAAGCUUCUGGACACCUGCCACCAGGCCAUGAGGACACGCUUUUUCCACAUAUCCAAGAUCCCCCCGAAGAACGGGGCCCCCUCAGGGCCAACCGCCCAGGAGAACGGGGCCCCCUCGGGGCCCGACGCCCAGGAAGCCCAGUAA